CUCGCCCAGCUCUUUACACGUCCAUCUCUCAAAUAGGCAAACCAAACAUUCAUUGCUAGUACGUAACAGCGGAUAGGAAAACAUGAGUUCGGGAAGCUGGAGCCACGAGGUCGCUGCCAAUGUCCCCGCAGGGAGGCUGUUCAAGGCUGCAAUGCUGGACUGGCACAACCUCGGCCCUAAGAUUGCGCCCGAUUUCAUCGCCAGUGGUUCUGUGGUGUCUGGAGAUGGAGCUGUUGGAGCCGUCCGAGAGAUCAAGAUUAACAACCCCGCAUUACCUUUCAGCUAUGUGAAGGAACGCCUGGAUUUCAUAGACCAUGACAAGUUCGAGGUGAAGCAGACCCUUGUGGAAGGCGGAGGUUUGGGUAAGAUGUUUGAAUCUGCCACCACUCACUUCAAGUUCGAGCCCUCGAGCAAUGGUGGAUGCGUCGUCAAGGUGACCGCUACCUACAAGAUUCUCCCUGGUGUCGCCGAUGAGAGUGCAAAGGCGAAGGAGGGGAUAACAAACCACAUGAAGGCAGCCGAAGCUUACCUCCUGGCCAACCCAACUGCCUACGCUUAAAUACAGUGCUUAUAUUUCUAUUGUGAUGGUAUGCGUUUGAAUAACGAGGAAUUUGACUGGAAUUGUAACUUUAUGUUGCGUGAGCGUCAUCAGUUUGUAUGUGCCCGAAAGCAAUGCGUUGUUCGCUUCUUUGUUGCAAUAACAAAUAAAUAAGAUAAGGUUUCUUUUGUCA